UUAUCAUUUAACUUUUACACCAACACCAAUUGUUAUGUUCUUGUACACAACAAGUGCAUUUUAUUAUGCUUUUAAAUGAUUGAAAUCAAAGCGAAACUAGUGCGAGCUGAUUCGGCAAUUUAUGCCACAGGCGAGUGUGUCGAAUGCCUCAUCGAAUUUACUCACAAAGUAUUUGACGAGGAGCAAGCAAACGCAAGAGAGCAAAACGCCAACAAUGCAAGCCUCGAGAAUUUGGCCUGGGCAUCGGCACAGCUUCACUGCUAUCGCAAGACCAGCUAUAGCACACCGGCAGCUGAUAAAACGGCUGAGCUGGCUGAAUUAAUUGGACGCACAGCGCUGGAUUCAGUUACCCAAACGCCCGGGGAAGUUAUAGUGGCCACAAAGCCGAAGAUAUUGUUCUGCGAUCUGAAGCUGCAGCCGGGUGAAACCAAAAUAUAUUUUUUCAAUGAGUUUGUGCCGCGCGAUGGUCCUCCCACGUAUCGUGGCCAUGACAUACGCUACUUUUACAAAAUUACGAUUGCUACACAACGCGUCAAAUCAAAAGUGCAAACGCUAAUGGUGCCCAUACGUGUGCUGCCCAUUCCAUUAAUAGCACGACCCGACGAGCUGCCUGUCACCGUGGAGACCAACGAGGAGCUGGCACCAACCAAUCCCUUUCUUGAGAAGCGCGAAAUAAGUGAGCUGGAAAUAUCGUGGCAUCAUCUUAAAAAUGUUACAGCUCGUCGUGCUCCCAAGUUUUAUCGCAUUUCGAAUAAGCGCGGCUUCGUUGGACGCUUCUGUUUGUUUAAGCCCGCUUACAAGCUAGGCGAGGAUAUUGUAGGCAGCCUGGAUUUCAGCAACUGCCAAGUGCGCUGUGUGCAGUUCUCCGUAAAGCUGCAACAGCAGGAACUUCCCAUACGACCACAACCGCAACAGCCACAGACGCCUACAGGCGAUGACGUUUCCUCUCUAAACUCCUUUGAUAUGGCCAGCAUUGCCAGUGGCAUUGCCCUUGACAACAUGCAUAAGUCAGAAACUUCGAGCAGUGCUCGUAACAAAGACGAGCCGCUGCCCAGCGGUAAGCUAAGCACCAUUUCCACAUCCCAUCAAGUGUGCUAUGCGACGCUGCAAACGCAGGUAGUGGUACCCAUUCCAUUGCAUGUGACCCCAACGUUUCGCACGGAUAUGGUUGAUGUCAAGUGGCGUCUGCAUUUUGAGUUUGUCACCAGUGUCAUGAUGGACUUUGGCACGCCUAAUCCAGUGUCAGGAGAGCUUAAGGCACCCGCGGAGCUGCCGGUCGAGACAAUGGUGUGGAAUUUACCUGUCACAAUUUAUGCAGCCAAUCCGUUGCAGAUAUAUGCUCCAAGUCAAACGUUUAACCUAUUAAUUAAGUAAUGUUCCACAAUACAAUUGCAAUAAAUAGAUAACGUAUAAACAGUGUUUGAAUUCUCAGAAUAUGCAGCUCGAU